ACUCCGUAAGUGCGUACCUGUCAGCGAAGUGUUAUUUUCAAUUUCUCAAUUGCUGAUCGGUCACAAUUCAGUGAUAACCAGACUUGCAGAAUCAUAUUUAAAAGAUGCUUCCAGAAGAUCUCUAAGAGAAGAGAUGUUAACAGUGUUCUUAGAAGGAUUAGAAAGAGAACACGAUGCAAUACGUCAGUCUUCCUGUGCAGCACUCUCCGUUUUGGAGGCUACCGAAUACAUGGAGCAGCUGGUGUACCUAACCUAUGCAGACGAGAAUUUUAGAGUUCGACAGCAGGCGAGAGAUGCCCUGUUAUCAUUUGGAGAAGAAGGACGAAAGGCCUACGAAGAAUCGCAGCUGUUCACGCACGGCUUUCAGGGCCUCAAUGUGAAAAAGGGCGCUUCGAAAAGCUCCAACGAUCUAACAUCUCCGUAAUUCUUUUAUAUAUUUCGAGGAGACGUUAAAAAAUCAGUUUGUACAGAAUUUGUUGAAGGACGACAGCAAAGCCCAAGUGUAUUAUUUAAAAUACUUUUGUCCGACGGACGACGGAUCUAUUAUUGACGACGAGAGCGGGAUGUAUCGCCUCCUUCUGUUAACAUAUAUUUUUCGUUACCGAGUCGGCAACAGAAGCUUGUAUUCACGUUAGUGAUUUAUUCUAAAGAAGAUAUUUUGCCUAACUUUAUAUGAAUUAACGAAUUAUGAAUCACUUAAAAGAAAAAAAUAUAUAUACACAAGAUUGCCAAUUAUAUUUUGUGUCUAUCAGGCAGCAUAAUUUUUUGUAUAGUGUACAUAUAAUUAUUAUGUAAUAAUUGUUAAUGUGUUGUUGUAACCACUGCAUGUGAGAAGCGUUUACGAGAUAUAUUUUGAUUUUUUUCCCCCCUAUAAUAAUAAUCGCCGUUCCUUAAACUAUGUGCAAUAUUACAUGUUAAAUUACUAGAUGUUUGCAGAGGCCUCAUCUCGAAAGAAAUCGCAAAACCAAAGGUACCCUACGUCUUUAUCAUAUCAAUAUUUGCCAACGUUGCAGAUGCUAAAUAUUUUUCUCUUGCCAAGAGCUAGUAUUUAUUUGUUUAGCAGCGAUAACGUUGUUUGUAACAUAGUAAAACAUUUAAAGACACCGAAAUGAAAUUAACAUUGUUUCAGUUUAUGAAAGGAUAUUU